AUGCAGCUGUGUGUGCUAAGGCUCGGGUACAUGUCAGACUGCGCAGGCCUGAACACAGGGUUUGAGCUAGGCUAUGGGAAGAACCCCAUGCGUGUUCCCCAGGAUUACCGGGGUAGAGAUGGAGGCGAGCGCAACCUUCUGCAGCCCGGGAGUACCCUGCGGGGUGGACCCUCCAGUUCCUACUGGCGGGAAACCCUAGACCUGUCCCUAGAGCCUCCUUCGCAGGAGAGGCACAACUUUCCCAGGUUCUGGAGACGGCGCUCCUACACCCCAAUCCCGCCCAGAUGGAAAAGUGAGAGGUACGGGCGGCCCACCGUGAUCGCGGGAGGAGAACGCGACGAGGCUCCUCGCAAAGUUGGAGGCCAGGCCGGAGCGAGGUUCCGGGGAGCGGAGCCCUCCCAGCCUCGGGCCCCCAGUCGCGGACGGCUGCCGGUGCCAAAGACUCCGCCAUUAUCCGCGGCUCGCAGCUGCGAUUUGGCCGCAGAGUCGGGCACCGAGGAAGGCGUAAAGUUGAGCUUGGGCAGGUGCAAUGAUCCCCAGGGACUGGCAUGCCCCGGCCCGGGCUGCCCGCGGGAGGGUAGCGAGCGGUGCCAAGGGCUCCGCCAUUACCGCCGGCGCGCAGCUCGGAGCCUAGCGUGGCUGGGAAGGGUCUGGGGUCCCUGCAAAGUUGGAGCGGGGCGGGUGCGCAGACCCUCAGGACCUGAGCCCCGGCCCUGGGGCCGCCCGCUAGGUGGAAAACGAGGCCGCUCGAACCAAGUUGGGACGCGCAGCAAAGCCCGAGCCUUCCGCGAACACCAAGGUCUCCGGCGGGAGCGGGGAGCCCUGGGGACGGAGACGGGGCGCGGGACGCCUAAAUCAGGAACUCACCUGCCGCCGAGCCGGGCAGCGCCGAGGCUGCCUCUUCACGCUGCGCACCCGCCCGCCCGCCUCCUACUCUUCCUCCUCCUCCUCCCGGGCGCCCGCGGCUGCCACGCUCCGGGUUCUGAAUCCUCGGAGUCCGCCGCCCCGCGCGGCUGGAAGGGGCCGGUUGCACCCACUGGCCUCCGGCCUUGCCAAGAAGAGCAAACCCACUCAGGCUUCGAGUUGUGCAGAGAAGAGGCAAAGAGGAAAACCUCCCCCCUUUGUCACUAAUAAAUGCUUUUCAGAUCGUCUUGCACAUCCAGCAGGGGAAGGGGGGGGUGUGAC